AUGAUAUUCCGAGGUAACCAAACCCACACCCCUCAGCAUAAUCAGCCUUCAACUUCCACCACCCCUUCUUUAUCAAAGCAUCAUGCUCAAUCAACGACUCUACAGCCCAAGACUUCAUUACCGAGCUUACCUCCUCACAAACCUCACAAAACAUAUUCUGGAAACUUGAGUUUGAAUCCACUGACUGCUUCACAACUCUUGGAGGCAAAUAAAGCCAGAAAUGAAUCACCAUAUUCAAUGGAGAACAGCACGUUCUUGGCUGAAGGGUACACUGAAGAUGGAGUGUUGAGCAAGUAUGACAAUGUAACAAGGUAAUUCUUAUUGAUUUUGAAUUAAAAAUCAAAAAAUAGGGUAAAGUAUGGAUAGGUAGGACUAUAAUACGGCGAGGUACUUCUAUGAUAGAGUUAAGAAUACAAUAUGAGUAUGGGACGGCUAGGGUGCAAGGCAAAAGUAGAGCAAAGCUUGGACAGGGUUAGACUUGAAGAAUAUGCCAAGCCUAGCCUGAGUGUUAAAAUUUAAAUUUUGGUUAGAACCGGCCCGGUUUACACAAAAUAUAUGCAGGGUAAGUUAUGGAAAUGUAGGGUAGGGUAAGGUAGGGUAGGGUAGGGUAGGGUAGGAUAGGAUAGGGUAGGGUAGGGUAGGGUAGGAUAGGGUAGGGUAGGGUAGGGUAGGGUAGGGUAGGGUAGGGUAGGGUAGGGUAGGGUAGGGUAGGGUAGGGUAGGUUAAGGUAGGGUAGGGUAGGGUAGGGUAGGGUAGGGUAAGGUAGGGUAGGGUAGGGUAGGGUAGGGUAGGGUAGGGUAGGGUAGGGUAGGGUAGGGUAGGGUAGGGUAGGGUAGGGUAAGGUAAGGUAGGGUAGGGUAGGGUAGGGUAGGGUAACAAAAAGUUCCAUUUAUAACUCAAAAAGUCUAGCAUAAACUUUUUUUGGCAUUUUUUUUUGCAUUUUGACAUAAUCCUGUAAUUGAAUCAAACAUUGAGGAGUGUUAAUUCGAAGAGGAUGAACACCUGAUCAUUUUGCAAUCUGCUGAAAACAAAAAAAAUUUUUCGGAUUUUCUUUUUGCUUCAAACGCAUUCGAAAAGGUUAACUAUUACUUUUAUGAGGCUUUUACUAUGUUUUACCGUACUAAUUUAAACGUAUAAGUGCUUGUACUAUAUUUAUAGUUGCUUUGUAGUUGUUUUUGAAGAUUUUGCUUUAAUAUUGGUUUUAGUACAGGUAGGCUUUUUGGGUAUUGUUAUGUUUUUUUUUCAAAAAAGUUAACAAAAUUAAAAAAGCAUUUUUAGGCCGUCUUUUUCUGAACUGCCUUAAGAUUAUACUUACUUACAUUAUGUUGUUCAAAUCGUUGUGUGCCCCUCAACUGUAAAAAUUUACAUUGUGAGAUGCACAGAAUUAUGUGAGCAACAUAAUAAUAGCCGAAACCACCUAAAACGUUUUUUUCAUAUAACCUUAAACGCCAAAUACCCCCCCCCCCCCCCCCCCCCUCAAUACCUUAUAUUACUCACCCUACUCACUAAAACCUUUUUCUUUUCAAAAAAACCAUAAAAAGUUGACAAAGUAAGGCUCGGGAUCUAAAAUUAGUAAUCGAAAAGACUUCGAAACGGAUCAGCCAAGGAUCUAAUUAAACAUUUGUCAAAAGUUUCGAUGACGUCCAACUUAAAAGUCCAAAAACAACUGAAAAUUGUGUUUUUUGGCUGGCAAAAAGCGUCUGAGGUUUGGCUAUAACAACAAGGUGGUAGGGUUUGGGUUUGACAAUAAGGUGACAACAGUUUUUUUGAAAAAGUCGUAGCAUACAACUUUAGCAAAUUUUAAUUUUUUUUUAUUUUAAAAAAUAUUUUUGUUAUUAAUUUUAGAAAUUGGGGUUUUACCUUAGAAAUUGGGGUUUUAACUCAUUUCGUUACCUAAAAAAUUAUUUAUUUAUUUAACCUGCCCCACUCAGAAUCAGCUCACAAUUUUUAUAUGAAUUCAUUGUACCGCCAAUAGUACCGAUAAAAAUUUAGCUUGCGCUUUUGAGUUUUAAAUUUAAACUAUUUGAAAUUUCCGCCAAUUUACUAAAUUUGGCAUUGUGUUUCAAGCACUUUUUUUUACUUUUCAGACAGGCUACGUUUACAAAUUAAAAAAUGUAAGUCUAUCGAAAGGUUUUCUACUGGUAUAACAAAGAAAGGUAAUUAAAAUUCAAAAAAUGCCAAAGUUAUAAGCUUGAAACACAAUGCCAAUUUAGCGGAAAAUUCAAAAAUGUAAUUUUUUAUUUCGAUUUUCUUGAGAUUGGCUAAAAUGACUGAUUUAGUGCUUUGCUUAAGAUCUUAUAUUUACAUGAUCUUUUUAUAAAAAAAUUUUUUAAUUAAUCAGAGUAGAUCGGGCACUUUCUUUGUAAGGUUUAUUUAAUCUUGUUACCUAAAAUAAUAAUUUCGGUGCUUUAAGGUCAAAAUUAUCUAUCAUUUUUUUAGAUCUAUGAUUCUCCUUUAGAAAUAACAAACUUUUCAAAAAUUUUGCACUAUUUCAUACCUAAAACAAUAUAAAUUGAUGUUGCCAACCCCUGCUUCCUUAUGCCAUGCUAUAAAGAAUGUUUUGUUAUAAACAUGUUGUUUCUUGAAAGUUUUGAUAUAAAAAAAGCAAUUUAAACGUAAAAUGUUUCUCAAACGUCGAAUUUUUUAGGCCAAUCUCGUCGGCUUCGGCCGCCUUGGAAGAGACAUUAAAUUCACUUAGUCUUCACGGUAAAAUUGAUGACAAUUUGUCGUUUGCAUCCGCACAGGUGAGAGUUUUGUUGUUUUGGUUAGGUAUUGUAGUUGGUAUUGCACGUCAUGCCAAAAGAGGAAAUAAAGACAAAGUGACAUUUCGUGUAAAAAACGAUGCGAAGUGUGAAAUUAUAUUUUAUUGCAAAAAAUUCGUUGAAAUUGAGCGGCCGGAAUUUUCAAAAUAAAAGAAUUUGUGUUACAUUUCUUUUCAUAUCUGGACCAUUCUUUCACGGAUCAAGGCCAUUUUGACCUUCAAAGAAUCGCCAAAACACAGAAAAAUUGCUAAUAUUAGUUACAGCACAAAAUUUGAUUUAGUUUAGUAUUUGAUAAUUUUACACGUUUUAUUCAACAUUUAAAUAUUUAUUUUAUUUUUUGAAUCAAUAUUUGCGACUUUUGAGUUAACGAAAUGCCACAACCACCUUAUUUCCAUUUUUCUCUUAUUUUGGCAUGACGUGUAUUGCAAAAAUAAGCUUAUAUUGUACUUGUAAAGGGGCGGCUUGGGCUGUGGUUGAGCAGAAGCCGGACCGAUGCCGGGUUAAAACCGUGUCGAAGCCGGGCUAAGGCCAGCUCAAAACCGGGCCUACGCCGAGGCAAAGCCCGGCUAAAGCCGGGCUGAAGAGGAAAAGACAAAACCGGUUCUGAAUCCAGGUCAAAGCCGAGCCGUAAGCCGAGGCCGGGCCGGAUCUAGGGGUGCUUCUUUAGGUCCAAGUUGGUACUAUAAUUUUUAUAACAGACUGAUUUACCUUGUUUUAGAUGAUAAACCAACACCGGGUAAAUUUUUCCAAUGGAAAACAAAGCGGAGCUUCAGAUGAGCAAAAGAAACAUGCUCCGAGGCCUAAGGGCUUUCUCAAAUUGGUAAAUUCUAAAUUUUUUUGAUAUUUUAAAGGCAUUUUAAUCACUAAAUCAAGUAUAAUAUUUAAAAAAUUUUUUAUAUACGCACAUUUCACGUAUUUUACAAUAGAUGUAAUGGUAAAAUCCCAUUUUACAGCAGAAGUAAUGGCAAAAUAUGCCUAAAAGUUUAUUAGAAUCUACAAACUUUAUGCCAUAUCUUUAUAUACUUGUUCAUUUAGCUCAUCUACUACUGCCAAAAGCUUCACCAAUUUCGAGUACUAGGCCCAUGGAUACUAUUACUCUUCUACUCCCUCAUUGGAGCUGUCGUAUUCUACUGUGUAGAACACGAACAUGAACAAGAUUUAUUUCAGUAAGUUUUUUAUCAACUUUUUACUAUAUUUUUUAGUAACGUGUAUUGAAAAAGAUUUUUUUUCAUUUUCCCAACCUUGCUCUACUCUAUUGUAAGUUUUACAUAUCAAAAAACAUAUAGUAAGUCCAUUUCUGUCAAAAAAGAUAAAGUCCAGUAAGCUCAUUUUAUUGUUUUUGUUUUUAGUGUUAAAAAAUGUCAUUUUUUCUUUUUCAGACGAGAACAAGAUAUGAUUGACAAUCUCCGAAAUCGAACAAUCAGACAAUUGGCCGAGAUCAUGUCACAUCCAAGUUAUAGUAAAACAACAAAGUCUUUUCAGGCUAGGUAAGGCAUUUUUAAAAGAAAAAAGCGAAAAUUUCGCCAAAUUUAAUUAAAUUUAAAAUUUUAGUAAAAUUUUUUUAAAAUUUAAAAUUUUUGGUUGCACUAAUGUUUUCUCUGGCAUGAUCCAGCGUAUAACAUGUCCUUUGAGGAAAAAGACGUGAAAAGUGCAUAAAAUUUAACAUUUCCUUUACAUUAUUGUUGAAUAGUCAAGAAAAUCGACGAAUUUCGGUUGAAUUUUGAUGUUCUUGACGUAAAUUAAUAAUUUCAGGUUUAGCUAACCAUUACUAAAUCAUUUUCAAUAGUUCUUACUUUAAGGUACUUUAAUUUUCAUAAAGAAUUAAAAGAUUUUUCGUCGAGUAUUAAUAAAAAUUUUGACAAUUUCAGAGACGCACUGGUAUCAUUCCAAAACGAAGUCCAGAAAGUGAAACUUCCCGAAGCUUUAGAAUGGGACAUGUGGGGAGCUUUAUUCUACGUUGGCACCGUCUUCACCACCAUUGGCUAUGGUAAUAUUACGCCGCGAACCACGACCGGUCAAAUAUUGAGUAUCUUCUACGCGGUUUUUGGAAUUCCAUUGGUGUUGGCCAUUUUAUCCAAGACUGGCAAAGAUAUGACGGAUAUGUUCAGUCGAAAGUGGAUAUUGUAUCGACAUUGGAUCAAGAAGACGCAUCGACAACAUAAGAUCAGGAGGAAAAGCAAGACAUCGGAGAUUCAUUUGAUGGAAGGAGGGAGGAUAAAGUAAGAUAAUUAAGGUUUUUGGGUGUUAAUUUUGGUUGCGAAUGAUUAAUAUAGGUUUUUAUAGUUGGUUAUAGGUUGUUGGAUUGUAUAUUGGCUGCUUCAUAUUCAGUUUGAGAUUUUAUUGACUUAAAAUCUGUUGUUUUAGCUAAAAUAAGGUCGUUUUUGCCCAAAAAUACAAGGUUUUGAGUCUUUUUGAAUACUAAAAAUUAUUUUUUUACUGGAUAAGAUAAUGUAAAAUACGGCAUAUAUCUUUGGUCGUAUAAUUUUCGUAAUUCAGUGACCCCCUAUCAACAUCAAUGGCAUCAAGUGGUAUAGACGACACCAAGUCCGAGCUAGAAGAAGAACUCGAAUCCCGAACAAUACCCAUAUGGCUGGCUUUGUUCGUAUGCUUAUCGUACAUCUGCAUCUGUGCUGGAAUGUUUUGUAUAUGGGAGAAGAAGUGGUCUUACUUUACGUCAUUUUACUUCAUCUUCAUAUCAUUAUCAACCAUCGGGCUGGGUGAUGUUGUGCCAGAAUAUCCGAGGAUGUUGAUUGUAAUGUUUGUGCUGGUUAUUAUUGGAUUGUCGAUUGUUAGUAUGCUUUUGAGUGUUAUUCAGGUAAAGAAAUGGUUUUGCAGUUUUUUGGUUUUUAGGUUUUGCACGGUACAAUCGGAAAGGAUAUUGUUUUGCACUGUGCGCCCACUGUGCAUUUACCUUUUGAGAAAAUAUGGGCCAAAGAGGAUAUAAAAAUUGUAGAUUAACAGUUCUUAUGAAAUUACAAGAGAAUAAAAGUUAUUUUUGAAAUUUAUUUUUUUGAAAUUUUCAGAUAAAAAUGGAGGAAUUCUUGUACAGUUUGAUCAUGGAAAUGCAAAAAGAGUAUAAGGAAGCCUUGGACAGUGGAGAUUUCGAAAAAGCAGCUGAAUUACUGAAGGAAUGUAAAGAAAACCCUAUCUUACAGGACAUUGCUCCACAUUUCAUCAAUAAUGAUAAGAUUCAGGCUAUUGAGGAGCAGGUAAGAUACCUAAAACAUAUUUUUAUGGAGAUUUGUUUAGUUUUGAAAAGAAUUUUUUACCCUUUCUUGACCUGCCAAGAAAGUUUUGCCAUUUUUAGCUUCUGUAAAUAAAGUCAUUGCCAUUUUUGGACUGUAAAGAAAGUUUUUGAAUUAUUUUUGAGAGUUUAAAUGAUUUUUAAAUUUUUUUCCAGAUUGAAACCUUUGAAAAAGUGAUAAAACCAAUGAAUACGAGAAUGGUACAAACUGAAGAUCUGGACAGUAUAAUGACAAAUGAUAUCAGCAUCAGCGAUCCGAAGGAAAAUGAUCGGUUUUUGAAUUUGGUAAAUAUUUUUUAAAUUGUUGUUUAGGAUGAGCUUGGGUUUUUGAAUAAUUUGAAGAAUAUUAUUUUCGGGACGGGAUUUUACAUAAAAAUAACAUUUUUGAAAAUGAUAGUUAUAUAGUAGAUUGAACUUAAACUUGGUUUUACGAUUACUGUAACAUUUUUUACAGAGAGACGCAUCAACAGCAGUCAGUUCGAAUCUUCAUAAGAUAACAGAAGAAGAAAGUGAGACAGAUAACCAGGAUUUGAUAGACAACUUCAAAAUCGAUCAAGAAAACGUUCAACAUGAGAACGGUUAUGUCACAGCUCCUCACAGUUUUGUGAAUAGGGAUGUAACGGAUUCCGAGUCGAUUUCAGACAUUACCUCAUUGCCGUUGGACCCUGUAAAGUAAGUUUUUGUAAAAUACGUCUUCCGUAGCUGUGCGAAUUUUUUUUGGUAAUGGAUGGAUACCUAUAGCAGUUUAUAAAAGUUUUAAGCAUGCAAAUUUUUUUUGAACAUAUUGUAAUAGAUAUUAUACUAAAGUAAUUUCAGCUCAUUGUACCGAAGUAAAUUGGAACAGUCAUUGACAAACGAGCUCAAUGAUUAUAUGAAUGAUGAAGAGCUAUCGAACAGUUUGUUCAAUACUCCAGACGAUUCUGGCAAAUCCGUGAUCAGGAAAGAGCUUCACGACCAGUCGAUUAGCUGCUCACUUUGGAAACAGGUAGGAUAA